UCACCUAAUUUGGUCACGUGACCCACUUAUCAUCUUUCCGAAAGCCCAUAGACAAUCCUUCAUCGACUUCUUUGGUUUAUAGCCACGAGGUUUUUAGCUAUAUUUCAAUUUAUUAGUGAAAUAAUAAAAAUACGCUUCGUUUUCUUUGAACAAAAUGCCACCCAGUAAUCCUUUGCCGCCCAAAGAAAAUGCGCUAUUCAAAAGAAUUUUGCGUUGCUAUGAACAUAAACAAUAUAAAAAUGGUUUGAAAUUUGCCAAGCAAAUCCUCUCCAAUCCAAAAUUCGCAGAACAUGGAGAGACCCUGGCAAUGAAAGGAUUGACUCUAAACUGCCUGGGACGCAAAGAAGAAGCGUACGAAUAUGUGCGCCGAGGCCUUCGCAAUGAUCUCAAGUCCCCAGUGUGUUGGCAUGUCUACGGCCUCCUGCAGCGGUCUGAUAAGAAAUAUGAUGAGGCAAUCAAAUGUUACCGGAAUGCUCUUAAAUGGGAAAAGGAGAAUAUACAGAUUCUUCGGGAUUUAUCCCUUCUCCAGAUCCAGAUGAGAGAUUUAGAAGGAUACAAGGACACCCGGUACCAGCUGUUCAUGCUCCGACCAACACAGAGGGCUUCCUGGAUAGGCUUCGCGAUGAGCUAUCACCUACUCGGAGACUACGAAAUGGCCAACAGCAUUCUCGAUGCCUUCCGUACAAACCAAAUGAAAGGACCGUAUGACUAUGAACAUUCAGAACUGCUUUUGUACCAAAACAUGGUUCUUGCGGAGUCCGGACAGUUUGACAGGGCACUGUCACAUUUACACAAGUUCCAGACGCAGAUACUUGAUAAAUUAUCAGUGAAAGAAACUAGUGGGGAAUAUUAUUUGAAGUUGAAGAGAUUUAAAGAGGCGGAGGCAGUUUAUGAAGACUUACUAAAGCGGAACCCUGAAAAUGUGAUGUAUUAUCAGAAACUUAUAGAAGCUAAACAACUUAGUGAUCCUGAUGAAAAAGUGGCCUUCUUCGAUGUAUAUAAGAAAGAGUAUCCCAAAGCAAUAGCGCCCCGGCGGCUGCAGCUGUCCGAGGCGGGCUCGGCGGCCGUGUUCGCGAGGCUGGUCGACGAGUACCUGCGCCACGGCCUGCACAAGGGCAUCCCUCCGCUCUUCGUCGACAUUAGAUCGUUAUACGCAGACAAAAGCAAAGCCGAAACGAUAGAAAACCUAGUACUGCAAUACAUGGAGAAUUUAUCCAAAACCGGCACAUUCAGUUCCGACCCGAGCGAAGCGAAGCAGCCGGCCAGCGCUCUUCUAUGGGCGUACUAUUACGCCGCUCAGCACUUCGAUUAUAAGAAGGAUACGGACCGGGCUUUGAAAUAUAUUGACGCCGCGAUAGAACACACGCCGACGUUGAUAGAGCUGUUUAUUGUUAAAGGAAGGAUAUAUAAGCACGCAGGCGACCCAGUAUCGGCAUACCAGUGGCUGGAGGAGGCGCAGGCGAUGGACACGGCGGACCGCUACGUGAACAGCAAGUGCGCGCGCUACAUGCUGCGCGCCGGACACGUGGCGCGCGCCGAGGAGAUGUGCGCCAAGUUCACCAGAGAAGGUGUACCGGCCACAGAAAACUUGAAUGAAAUGCAGUGUAUGUGGUUCCAAACUGAAGCCGCUACGGCCUACCAGCGCGCCCGGCAGUGGGGCGAGGCGCUCAAGAAGGCACAUGAAGUUGACAGGCACUUCUCCGAAAUAAUGGAGGACCAAUUCGACUUCCACUCGUACUGCAUGCGCAAAAUGACGCUCCGCUCGUACGUGGGCCUGCUGCGGCUCGAGGACGUGCUGCGCGCGCAUCCCUUCUACUUCCGCGCCGCGCGCGCCGCCAUCUCCGUGUAUCUGCGCCUUUACCAGUGCCCGCUGCAGGACAACGUGCAGCCGCAGGAGCCCGAUACAGAGAAUCUCGCGCCGUCCGAACUAAAGAAGCUGAGGAAUAAACAGAGGAAAGCGAAGCGUAAAGCCGAACAGGAAAGCAUGCUGGCGGCACAAGUACAGGUGAAGAGAGAGCAACACCACAAGGCGCGGCAGCAGCAGGAGCAGGGCGACCCGGAGGCUCCUCAACUAGACGAGCUUAUCCCCGACAAAUUGGCGAGGGCGGAGGACCCUCUAGAACAGGCGAUCAAGUUCCUGCUGCCGCUACGGACGCUCGCCGCCGAUAGAAUAGAAACGUAUUUAAUGGCCUUCGAAAUAUACUUUAGGAAAGAAAAACCCCUCCUAAUGCUACAGAGCAUAAAGCGCGCGUGGCGGUUGGAGCCCGGCCACCACCACCUGCACGACUGCCUGGUGCGCUUCCGCGGCUGGCUCGACCAGAACCAGCUGGCACCAGCCGUGGCCGAGGUCGUCAACAAGGAGACGCAGGAGUCGAUGCGGGGUCGCAGCGCGAAACAGAUGGCGGAAGAGUUCUUCUCUGGUCCCGCGCAGAGCUCCCAGGCGGGCGCGCUGUGGGGCGCGCGCGCGCUGGCCCGCCUCGCGCCCGAGCGCACCGCGCAGGCGCUCGCGCUCGCCACAAGGCUCGACCAUCCCGACCUCACUAUACAGGGUUGCGGAGAAGUACUGGAGAGCCUCCAGGAGGGCGACUUCGGGUCGUGUCCCGCCGCGACGGAGGCCUACGUGGCGGCGUGCGCGGCGCGCUUCCCGCACGCGCGCGCCUUCCAGCCGCCGCGGCUCGACGAGCCCGCCCGCCCGCCCAGCGACCAGCACAACUGAGCCCUACCCUACCCUACCCUACUACUGAAGGCUGGGAGAUCUACAAGCGGAAACGUGCGUCCGGGGUGCCUAGCCGAGGGGACGAUCGUUUCCGCUCCGUAGCGAACGACACGCUAUUGAGUGAAAGAUAAACUCGGGGCGUUUCGUUGUCGGGGCGCAAGCGAUUGUCACCCCGGCUAGGCACCUCGGUUUGACAAACGGGCCCCGAACGCCGGGCGCGUAUAUGAAAGGCUCGCUAUAGACGGUUAGUCGCGUUAGAAUUGAUUUUUACGGUUAUGAAUUGACCCCUGCGGUCGAUGUUCCUCGGUUUACGUAAUUUCAAAAUGUUAUCGACCUUUCCGAAACGAACCGAUCGGCAAACGAACCCCCCGGGUGGCCGAUUCUGGGUCCCGAAACCUCUCCGGCGCGGGGAAUGCUUCUUAUUUAGCCACCCUGUGUAUGAAGUGGGUCCUCGCGUGGGACCGAUAGCCCUUCCUUCAUAUAUGUAAAUGUCGACUCGUAACUCAAUUCUUACGUUGCUCCGACUAUAACUGCUGGAUUAAUACAAAUGACGCGCUAGUGACGCUUUUUGCAAAUGUGGACGCACCUUAACGAUCUGACCACCAAUUUGUCGUUUAAAUUUAUUAAGUGACGCGGUAGGAUAGAAUGACGCGUGUGCAGGGACCGGCCCGCUAUCCCUUAUCGGGGUUUUAUAAGGGUAUUGCAUAAGGCUUAACUCACCAUACCCUUUGCCUGACGAAACCCUUUGUUUUGCUUUUAAAAACCCUUAUAUAAAGCUACCACAUUUGAGUAAUCGGUAGCCCAAAUACCCUUACAAAACCCUUAUCAUCCGCUCACCAACACCUUGCAUAUUGCUUAUAAGGGUUAGCCUUAUAAAGGGCUUCACUUUUAGCAUAUAAGCGUGCUAAUUUAAGUCGUCUACCUUGUUCAUAAAGCACACAUUACUUCGAAUCCGAGCGAUCAUCGGCGGCGACGGCGGCGUUCUUUGACUAGGCACGUAUUUUCUUUCCUUUUCAUACACUACCGUAGAUAUAUACUAAUCCCGUCUCUUUCACGCAAAGGGAAACCUUUAUAAAAAGCGCUUAAAGAUAAGGGUAACCCUUAUUAAGGGCUAGCCUUAUUUUUGGUUAGCUUUUCGGUAAGGGUUAGUCAAAGGUAGGGGUAUGAAUGGGCUUGCAGUUCAAAAGGGAAAGUCUUUCAAUGUGUUAGCCGUGUUUAAGUGUCGCCCAUUGAAAGGGUUUUAUCGCGGAAAGGGUUGUCCGGUCCCUGCGCGUGUGACUGCAAAAAUUACAAAUAAUAUCAUAAUACUCACAAUGACUCACAACAUAACGACGGAUUUUUAAACGACAAACUGAUAGUCAAGUUUUAAGUUUGUAGAUCUCAUCACUUGACUUAUUUGGUAAACCGUCACAUCGACAGACAAAAAUGACGCUAUUCGUAAAUCCUGAAGUUAUUGUUGACGUGUCGAGAUUAUACUGGCUUUUCUUCUGAGAUAUUUUGUUUAUAAUAAACUUGUUUAAGUUGUAGAGCUGUUUACCAAAUGUCAAGUAAGAACAUGAGUAUGAAUGACAGUCCGUAGUCUGUAAUAAUAGGGUGUGCAAGUGCGACGUAUACAAUAAUAGGCGACGUAUGUGUUCAGACGGCUCCUAAAUUAUUGUUACAGGUUCACAAAUUGAUCUUCAAAUGUUUGAGUUAUAGAAAAAAAAUAGAAAUGGUCAAAGUGAACCAUUCAGGAUUCGUCGCUAAAACUUGUAAAACCCUGUUAUUUACUAUCUUGUGCUUAAACCGCGCUCAUUUCCCGAAUGGCGAGUAGAUAUACGAAAGCAUUUUUUGGUCUUUUACAAUCCCCGACUGAUUCUAAUAAAAGAAAAGUUGCAGUUUAGUGACUGCGAUGUGUUUGUUCGUUCUAAAAAAUAUUUUUAAUCAUAAUAAUUCCCAAUCACAGAUAGUUAUUUAUAAAAAUAAAAUAUACAUAACAUAAUUCUAGGCUUCAUCGAAUUCUCUUGAUUCGAAAUUGGCGUUCAUAUCAGUAAACAUACAAUUGUUGUCACAAAUAUCUGGACUGAAAGUUCUACAACUCAAUUCUCACUGACAAUUUUGCUUUCGUCGCCUAAAUUUUUAGGUUUAUAUACGAAAUUACUCCAAAUGUGAAAGAUUGAUUGGCUAAUAUUAGAUUAUAUUAGUACACCGACUCUCUUACCGUUGUGACAAGAUUAAUUUUGUUACCACAAACUAAUGGUUAUACUAUAAUUGGAAACAGGCUCAGUUGUUUGCUUGAAAACAUGUUCCUUUUUAUAGUUUUUAAGUGUCUGUUUAGAACAUGUCGCGGACCGCCGUUAUGAGGGCGACCUAUGAGAUAUUUUUAUUUUAUUUGUAACGGAUUGAUGGUUUCAAAUUCCUUUUACAUGAAUUGAACUGAAGUAAAGCAAUAUUUGCCAAUACUUUACAAUUAUGAUACCGAAUUAACUAGGAACAUAAAAUAUAUAGCAAAAUAAAAGGUCUUAUGAUGUUAUAUGAUAUGAAUGAUCGCAAGUCUAGUCCCGCUCACGCGCCGAAGGCCUCCUCACCAAUAGGUACAAUAAUCUUUUAUCUAAUUAGUGUAAAUUUUCGAUAUUUAUAAUAAGCAUUUCGUAUAAAAAUCUGUGUAAUCUCUAUUUUGGUCUUAAUUGACGAGUUAGCGGUGUGGCCUCACGUGUUCAAUUCAAACAAAUGUAUUUAGGGGUUUUAAUGACUGGUUUAAAAUGUGUAUAAAAAUUGUGUGGCAAUUUUCGAACCUCACGCAAUAUAGACUCUGAGGUAUGCUUUGUAAAUAAUUCUUAUAUUUAAGUUUGUACUAUACAAUAUCGUUAAACUCUGCAGUCGUGCAGUUGUCGACGAAGUAUUGACUGCUGCUUGGGCGCUAGAUAUUAUUUUACAUUGUUCGAAUAACAUGGAAUAAAAAAAAUACGUUACUUUUUGUCAGACAGUAUAUUUAUGUGUAAAGUUGGACAAUAAUUAAAUAAUUCGAUAUACCAAAUUGUCAUUAAAUGCACACUGGUUGUGCUGGAACAUAACAUGCACAUGUUAAACAUUUAUUUGUACUCUAAUUACCACAUAAUUGUGUUAAGAACAGUCAUUGUUUCCUAUUCAGUUGUGUGACCGGAGUAUUUGUACCUCUGUCAUCGUGUACAUAAAGUAAUAAAAUUUUAUUUUACAAAAUUGAA